CUCGAUUGUCGCCUUGAAGACACACAGAGGAAAUGGAGGCAGCCAUGGGUCUGAUGAGAAGAAUGCCGCCCAAGCAAACGGAGACAGCACUCUCCGCUCUCUUGAGCCUUUUGCCUCACCACUCCUCCGAUCUCCUCUCUCAAGUCGAUCAGCCUCUCCUGGUUUUAUGCGAUGUCGACUGUGGGAAGGAGUUCAUUUUGUGUGAAUACAAUAGAGAUGCUGACUCUUAUAGGUCUCCUUGGUCAAAUAAAUACCAUCCACCAUUGGAAGAUGGGCCUUAUCCAUCAGCAAAGUUGAGGAAACUUGAAAUAGAAGCUAAUGAUAUGUUUGGCAUCUACCUUGACCAGUGAGGUUCUUUAUUUACCUCGUCUUCCAGUGUGCAUGUUUUCUUUAAGUAUUAUGAAGGUGGUUUUUCAUCAGUUUAUAUGUGGGAAGAUGAAGAUGAGGGUUUUGUAGCUUGCUUUCUGAUAAAGAAAGGUCAGCAGCUAUAAUAUGUCCCAGGAAUGAAAGCUCUAUGGCUUCUACUAAAUUUGCCAUUAUUUCUGUUGAAAUGUUGGAUGAAGAUGGGUCAAAGACGGCACAUGGCCGAAGGGGUUAUCUGGAGGAGGGAGCAUGGGAUGCCAUUCAUGUUAUAGAGGUGAACUCUGUGUAUUAAUACAUGUAGGGAUAAAAUUCACUUUAUUCCUGCCAACUGGCAGACCCUCAGUCUUUACCCUUUCUGCUAUGGAACAUAAGUCUGUUUACCACUCUCGCUCUUGCUGCAAAUCUAAAUGGUUAUGUUAUCAGAGUGGGACCUGAGUGGGAAGGAACAACUCGUUACUGCUGGACUAGUACAGUCAUGCUGUCUUUGACUAGUGAUGAUGAGUCAGCUGGCAGUUUCAGGUUGUCUGGAUCAAUCAGACUACAGAUGAAUUUGAACCUCCCAGCUGCUGAUGGUCAUCUCUGUAACAUGGGAAAGAUGAUAGAGGAAAUGGAGGGUAAACUGAGGUACUCCCUGGAUCAGGUUUUAUGGGAAGACAAAAGAAAUGGUUUGCACUUUAAGAUCGCCUUCCGAAGUGGCACCAAUGAAGCUACCUAACAGCUGAUGUUGCAUCAUAUGGUUAUGAAACGGAACUGUCUAACAUUAGCACUAAAGUGCAGCAUUGCCUGUCAAAUAUCAUGUUUAUAUAAAGCCCAAUGUGCCACGUCAUUGCCAUUGUAUUGGAAAUAUGGAUAUCCUGGAUAAUACUGUUUCUAUAUAGCAUUGUAGAAUACUGUAGGUUCUUCCGUUCAUUUCCUAUCUCAAAA